AUGGAGGUAGCAAAAAAAUUUAAAGUGGCAAUCAACCGAAGUUUUAAUGAAAAAGGAGGAGUAUUUUGGAAAGGCUUAAGUGACGAGCAAAUUGCAACUUACGCCAUGACGAAAGUGGAGGAAUUUGCCAGAACGGGUGGUAAAAGCUUGAAGGCUUCGCUAACUAUUGGUCGUCAGGCCAAUAAAAAAUGUUUAGAUGAAAACGGUCACUUGGUGGACAUUGUUCCAGAUGACAAUGCGGGUCAGUAUGAGGAAGAAGAAGAUUACGAUACCGCUACAUAUAUCCUCAAUGAAAUGGUCCAGGUAUUAUAAUCUUUAUUAUGUAAAGUAUAGUGCUGUAUAGAAAUUUCGAGCACUGAUAAAACUGAUAAUCUCACAUGUGAGAUUAUUUAUGAUAAUUUCACAUGUGAAAAUUAUCGCUUUUCAAUUAUCACUGUUCUGUAAAAAUUCUCGCUUUUCAAAGAAUGUUCAACACUCGAAAUAAAUCUGGUAUUUCCGCGCACCCAUGUAUUAUUCUCUAUGCAAAAAUCUUGUACCAAAUAACACAAAUCACACUCACAUAACGUAAUUGUCAUAUUAAAUAAUAACUAUUUGAUAAAACUUAAGCUAAAAAAGUAAGCAAUAUACCAAACAAUAUAAUAUAUAUGUUUCUGUACUGUACAUGUCACAACAUACGCACACUAGGGGGUCAACUUUUUGCAACAGGCACUCAUUGUCAUUGUCGAUUUUUUGUUGUUUUUUAAUCUUAUACUAUUAUUUAGCGGCGAAAUUUCCUGCUGCACGAAAAUAUAUGAAUACGUAUUAAACUAUUAUGCUGAAAACAAUGGAUAAUUCAAUUAACAUUCCAAUUUAUGGAAUAUUUUCUCUGAAUUGUUGGUUUUCUAUGCUUAGCAUGUGAUUUAUAACAAAAUUCACAAUUAAAACGGUGUUUUGAAAACCUAGUUUUUUACGAAAUGUGUUCUCAGAAUGCUGCAAAUGCGAUUUCCGGGACUGAUCCAAAUUUUAAAAAUUUUCGGGGGACAUUCCCCCAACCCCCCUAGAAUUCUCGUACCUUUGGCACGAGCCCCCCCCCCCCCAAUUAUAUAUUUAUAUAUCCAUUAUAUAUUUAUUUUCUAUAUAUAUGUAUAUAUCGUUAUCGGCGAGACUAUUUUUAAAUGUUUACAAAAAUAUUUGAUUGUUAAUUGAAUUUAUAUUUCAGGUAAAUAGACACGGUGUAAUAAAGGAAGACGAUUGGGAAUACUAUUGGAUGGUCCCUUUCCUACAAUCCUUACCAGCUGCAAAGACAAACAAGAAAAUAAAAAGAUAUCUCGAGACGGUGCAUAGGGUGAGAUUUGAAUUGCCUUGCAGGCCGUUUAAUUGGCACAAGUUUAUCAGUGAGGCCAAGUUGUUUUUCAAAGAGAAUUUUAUCCCUUGCAUCAUCUUUUUAUCUGGUGGAAUAGCAGCAUUCCACUACAAGAAGAUUCUGAAAAUUGUUGGUAAGAUGUAUAAUGUUAUUGAUAAUUUCACACAUUGAUCGAUAAGGUGGCGCCCUAGGGUUUUCCAUUAUACUACACUAGUAUCCAGGAGACUCCUGUUCUUCUCUUUACAUGAAAUGAAGACGAAAUUCAUUGGACAUAUUGACAAUGCUCUUCUGAACAUUGCAAUUUGCUACGUUUGUGUUGAAAGCCUGUUAUCCAUUACCCAUGUUAGAAUAAGCUCAAUAUUCCAUUUGUUGAGCCGAUAUUAAGAAAUUUAGGAGAAAUUUAGGUUUAAUUUUGGCAUUUUUUACGAGAUGUGACGUGUUAACAGGGCCGUAGAGAAAAGGCUAAAGCGGGGAGUAGUAUUGCAUUUGCCGACAACAUUUCAGCCGCUAAUUAAGGUGGUUAUACCUCUUGAAACCUUUUUUUUCAAUUUUAAAGAUAUUAAUGGCAAAUAUAAUAAGGAUGACGUGACGGAAAAUGAUUAAUGCAAAAAAUUCACAAAGUCAUUAAUUACACUAAUUAUCCAAUAUGGCGGCCUUUAAUUAGCCCAUAAUGGACCAUUUGCAUUAUAGACUAAAUUUUUAUCUAGACAAAAAUUUCAUCACAGCUUGAAAGAGCAUCACAAAAUUAGUAAUAUUCCAAAGUUUCGUUGCGAAAUAUUUUAAAAUGCGGGUAAUAUAGCCUUGCGGAAUUUGCAAUUUUCAGUCAUUUUGUAUUACAAACGGGAAAUUGAUGCCCCAACACCCGAUUGGGCUGUCAAUUUCCCGUUUGUAAUACAAUGACUGAAAAUUGCAAAUUUCGCAAGGCUAUAUUCUCCGCAUUUUACAACAUUUCGCAACGAAACUUUGGAAUAUUACUAAUUUUGUGAUGCUCUUUCAAGCUGUGAUGAAAUUUUUGUCUAGAUCAAAAUUUAGUCUAUAAUGCAAAUGGUCCAUAGCUUAGCCUCGUAAACAUAACGCAACAAUCAAUUAUCAAAAUCUGAUGAAUGAUAUAGUUUUAAAAAGCUUAGAGCCUAAGCUAGUGCCUGACACUCUUCAAUUUUCCUCAAAAUUCUUUUCAGAAAAAUUAUAACCAAAUGUUCAAUUUUUUAAUUAUUUCAAUUUUUAAUCAAGUACUUUAUGAUGUAAUUUGUGAAUAAUACAUCAAUUAUGAAACAUAUUGAAAUGAGUGUCAGGCACUAGAUCAUGUUAUAGGAAGUACCUAUGCCAAAUAUCAAUCUUCUACAUUAUAUAUUUACAUAAUUUUUCCCGCAAAAUGAUUUUAUAGGUUCCUGUCCUGUGGCUAUGGCUGUUGGUGAACCGAGCAGUGGGAAAUCAACGGCUUUAAAACUGAUCGCCAGAUUGUUUGGUCUCCAUUUGGUCUCGCAAUCGUCCGCUGAAUUUGUUGUUUCCGAUUUAACAAAAACAACAAUUCCGAUAUGCUGGGAUGACCCAACACAUGCAUCCGUUCUUAAAAGACCGUUGGUGUGCGUGUUCGAUGGCAUAGGCACGCAAACACACGAUCGGGGUGUGGAGAUACCGGAAACAACGUUUCUGUUGACGGUGAAUUUUAAAUUGGAGGAUGAUUUAAGGUAGGAAAAAUCAUCUACAAUAGUGCUGCUUAAUUAUUUUAUCAUUUUUAAUUAUUUUUACACAAUUACUUGCUCAUAUAAAAAUUACUAUAAUGAAUUGAAUAUUUCUUUUUCUUAUUUUUUCGUCUGGUGGCCGACGUAUAAACAUGUUUUAAUAUUUAUGUUUACUAAAAUUCAGGAAAUCCAUCAUACCUUAAACAGCCUGUUGGCAAAAGCUUCGAGAAUUUAAGUUUGUGCAUUUGUCGUCAAUUUAUAUAACGAACAGUCAAAUAUUAUAUAAAUGUUUUGUUUCAUUUCAGCAUUUAUUUUCCAUUUAUUUUUCAAAUUUUCCAAAAAUUUGAGCUAAACUGACUGCACAAAUUGUGAAAAGGGGUACCGUUAAUCAAUGCUUUCGAUUUCUGGCUUUAUUUUACGAAGUUCCGCUUUCGUGCACCCCUUGGAACAUACUGGUUUAAUCAAACAGUCUAAUACUACUUCGCCCAUCAAUAUGAUUGUAUAUCAAAUACGUAGUCCAUUUGAACUUAUCGAAUGAUAUUUUUUGUCCCAGGUCUUUUGAGAGAACAGCACCCAUUUGCUUCCAGAAAUUGGUAACAAAAGAUGAUGGAACCUCGACAUUUUUGGACAGAAGGCGGAAAAUGUUUUCCUUAGCUAAUACUCACUCCUUAAUUGAUGUCAUUGAGCUGGGCGAGAGCCUAACCAACGAGAAUAUCGAUGAGCACGCCACAUAUUUUAAACAACACCUUGGUGGUUUGGUCAAAAGAUUACCUAACAGUUAUUCGGCUUAUCGUCUUUUAUCUCAUAAGGUAAAGCAAAAUUCAGUUCUCUCUUACUGUCACCCAACCGCACGAAUCUAGUUCUAGUGCAAACAGGCUAUAUGUGUUUCAUGGCCCAUCCAUUUACACAAAAAAACAAAUUGAUGGCCCAAACUGAUGAAAAUAGUUUCAUAGCCCAUCCUUAUUUCCUCUGGCCCAUCCUAGCAGUCACUUUAUGACCGGUCCCUAACUUUGCAAAUAUCCAAAUAAAGCUUAUAAUUAAUGCAAAUCAACGGUAUUUGAUUUAAUAGAUUGCUGAAUUAGUUGACGAUGAAUCGAUAUUGAGUAAAAAUAUGCUGGACGAAUUCUUUAAAGUAGAUUUUCUACCUUAUGUGAUAUCCUUUUACGAUGUCACAGUGAAGGUCGACACAACAACUGAUGAUUUGUUACGGUUGAUGGUCCAAGCUAUCCAGAUACUACAAAUGGAUAAAUCAAAGGUUUGUACAAUAAAUUCACCUUAAGUGUUGUUUAUAUAAGAAUACAAAAACUUAAAUGAUAUCGCACAAUUUUGAAACUUCUAACCGCAUACUAUGCCUUGAUCACGGCAAUACAGUGUAUUAAAGCAAAGACUAUUUAUAGUCGAACUUUGUUUACUUGCUAUAAUAUGUGAAUAAUUUGAUAAUUAAUAUGAAUUAGAUUCCAUGAAGUGAACGGUGAGUGCUACUUAAGGUGGCUCGCUACACUUUUUUAAAAAUUUUCUGAUUUGGAUAUGAAUUUCUGGAGAAUUAUUAUCUGUUUAAAAACAAAGAGUAUCUUACUGGUAUAACACAAUAACUAAGGAGUUCUGAAUUUUUAAAAAACUACUUCUAACUGCCGUUGCUAUGGCAACAAUGACGUCACGACAUGGCGGAUAUUUUAUGUCCAAUGUAAUUUAACUAGAAAAAGUUCGGUCGCCCCCAUUUUUUAUUUCAUAAAAUGAUUUCUUUAUUUAAUUUUUUUUAUGAUUUUAAAAAUUUCGGCUUUUGAAAAAAUCCGAACUCUUUAGUAAUUGUGUUAUGCCAGUCAGAUACUCUUCGUUUUUAAACAAAUAAUAAUUGUCCAGAAGAUCAUAUCUGAAUCAGAAAAUAUUUAAUUCAAAAAGUGUAGGGAGCCACCUUAAAAUACCUUUUACGUAAUUUAUCCUUCAAAGUUGUAAUCAUUGUUGUGUGAUUUUAGAUUGAGGAAUGGAUGAGAAACGACGUGAAGGGAAUGGAUGGGGCGCGUUCUAUUGUCUUUGUUCUCCCCAAAGCUUUAGACCAUAUGAAUAACGCAAACCUGAAUGCGCCAAGUGAUGAAAGCGUCCGACAAAUUAUCAAAAGCAUAAAAAAUGCCACCACUGACUAUCGAUCACGCUUUCUGAACACUCCAAAAAAGAUUUGUUGCGUUCGUGUCCCUCGAUCUGCAUUCAAUGGAGAUUUAUUGAAGGAACUAGACACAGGUACACAUUUAUGUUAAGUCAUUUUUUGCGAAGAACCACAUAAAUAGGUCAGCAGUGCUCACAUGUGAUAAGCCAUUAUGACAUGUUGCCACAGAUAUUUUUAUAAAAUAUUGAAAAUAUUGCAUGAAUUGAAUAUUUUAGUGUUUAUAUAACACUGCUAAUGAUUCAAUUUGCUGGUUAUAAUGGUCCAUGUACGGAAUUCGCCAUAUUUACAUGUUCUUCUUAGAAUGCAUUUCUCAUUUUGAAAAUUUUUCUGUUCGCUCUCUCUAAUUGUGAGAACUUUUUAAAAAUGUCACAAGUUGUCGAAGAAGGAAAAUGUGUUACAAAAUGACAAAUACCGAAUUUCAUCUGUUGCAUGAUAAUUAGCGGACUUAUAAAGCAUUGUUUUCAUUAAAUAACUUUCAGGAUUGACAUAAAGAUUUAUAUCCAUGAUAUGAUCCAAUCAGAUUUUAGUCACUCACACAUUCAUAUAUUCAUUCAACAGCAUUAGGCCAUCAAGACACCGAGGGGGAAGAGAAACAAGGGGAUAUUUUGGAAGAAAACGUCAUCGAAGACGAAGUAUCUGGUCCAUGCCCAGAUUGUCUUACCAAAAAUCAAGAGAUUGAUGAAUUAAAUAUGGAGCAUUACAGGCGAAUGGAAAAAGCUCACGACUGGUAUACGAACGAAGAAGCAAGACAAAAGAAUAGCUUUCUUGCACGCAUUAAGGAGCAACAAGGAAGGAUAGACGGAUUAGAACAGCAAAUCCAGUCGCUAAAAAGAGAGAACGAUGAGUUAAAAAGAAAGAAAGAGGAACUUCAAACAAAAAAUAACGAAGUGGACGUCGCAAAAUCUGGAACCUCUGUAGUGGCACAGGCAAUGACUGCUAUUGUUGGUAAGAAUAACUGGAUUAAAAAUUAAGUCGCACCGCACCCUUCUUUCAUAUUGUACUUGUAUAUUUGUGACCGUUCACGUUUCUCCCUUGGUAGUAUGUGUGGGUUUGACUGUUGGAAAGAAGAAAAUAAACGGUCCCUAAGACACACGAUUUCACUUGUCAACUAAAAAUUAGCCUUUUCUGUAAUUCCUAAUCUGUUAAAAAUAAAUGUUUAUCAUCAUCUAUAAAUACUAGUUAAUUAAAAUGACAUCAACUGUUCAUUUUAUACAGUUGUGAUACAGCUAAAAUUAAGACCUUAUUAAGAUGUGAAAAACUAUGCAAUACACGUUAGAAAUCUAUUCCAAAUUGGAUUUGAGCAAAAUGCAAGCGAAAAAUAAUCACUUUUUUUUUAUUAUUGGAUGAAAUCUCUAUUACUGGUGAACAUGCAUGACUCUUUUUUAUAGAAAGUCGAAAAAGCGGAGAAACCUUGGAACAAGUUCCUUUAAAUGACUCAGGUCAGUGUGCGUAUACCCAAAAAGUAUACGAUUUGCGUAUGUUGUGAUGUUAAAUGACUGCACUGACACUGGCAACAAUGUCACAUUAAUUUUAUGACUAAAUUCUAUUUUGCAUGCUUGUAGUUGCAUUGUCUUGUGUUUGCAGUCGUAAAGUGGUAUCAACUAUAUAAGCAAUGCGAUGUCAAGUAUCUAUGUACACUACCGUGCAAACGUUUGAGCAAACCUUUUUUGUCUCGUACAAAAUAGUACGGGAAUAAAAUAACGAAAUAAUACAAAUAAACAUACGAGAAUAGUAAUGAUUUUUUUACGAAUUGUCAGAAAUGUUAGUGCUAUUCUUUUACGAAUUUGCUUCAGAAAAUGCAAGAAAUGCAGUCAUGUGCAGUUAUCGCCUGGCGGAAAACCCCCUCACAUCCCUAUCAUCCAAUAAAUAGAAAACAUGAUUAGGCGAAGUUCAACUCCCAAUGUUUUGUAAACAUCUCUUAUUAUAUCAAUUCAAAAGUGCCCUUUCACGAAAAUCUGCUCCCCUUGCCUUCACAUCGUUCCGGCGUCCCUGUAAGUUAUUGAUAUUUGAAAAAUCAAAAUAACCAAACUCCUCUAUAUGCAAACUCCCAAUAAAAGCAAUAAAGAAGAAUGAUUAAAAAUGGCGAUUCUUUCAGUUGAAUAUACUUGAAUCUGAAAACAAUGCAUAGCUAUCACCGAAAUUUUCAACAUUCACAUAACACUACAAAUAUUUUGCAAUAGAAUCAUUAUAAAAAUAUUUUAAUAAUCAAAUUAAUAUGCUCAAAUUAUGUUAAAUUUUGGGAAAAGGUUGUAAAUCCCAUACAUUUGGUGAUAACUGUACUUCCUGUUUACAAUGCAAAUUUCGAAAACUACCACGGAUUAGUAGCUAAUGUCUCAUUCGAUUGCAUUUUGAGUUAGAUAUGACUAUUUGUAAGAAUUGUAUGACUUUUGUGAGAGCCAAAAAAGGGUGUGCCUAAAACGUUUGCAUAGCAGUGUGUUGAUUGUAUAUCAAAUUGAAUGCCAAGUUUAUUUUAUAUAGGUAUGGGUGAAGACAUAGAGCCAAAAGGUAGGUAAACAAAUUUAUCUAUUUCGCCCAUGUCAAUUAAUAUACUAUUUAUUAAUAUAGUAUAUUAAUAAAGAAAUAUAGAAAUUUUGGGCUAGGAGUCUAUAGGCCGCGGAACCGGGAGGAGGAGUCAAAUGGGGCAUGUAUAAGUGCCCUUUUUCUGGGCUAAAGUGAACGAAAAAAGUAUUUCUUGAAUGAACACCCUCUUUUGCUUUAAAGAAAGUGCCAUAUAUACAAAAGUUUGGUCAUAUACAAAAGUGACCCUCCACUUUCGAAAUGCUUCCACGGCCUCUGCAUAAUUUAGACCCCCAGUGACAAAGCACUUAAAUUAGUAGACGGAACACUGAAUUUAAAGUGUCCAUGCCCCGAAGUUUUUUAUUGUGUCAUUUGAGAGAUCUUUUAAAACUGUAAUGUUAGUACUAUUUACAACAUGAGCGGCCGUGUUAAGCCGAGAAAAUCAAAGUUAAAAUUUAUGUAAAUCAACAUGAAUCUGUAUCACAUAUACAGAUACGACACGCUUUAUGUCUUUCUUUGUGUUUUCUUCAUGAAUUAUUAAUGAGUUUUUUAAAUUCUUUUACAGAUUUUCGUUUCUGUUCUUUGUUGUUGAAAUAAUUCACUUUCAUUUUUAUGCAUUUCAUUUUUCAGCCGUAUAAAAAUGAAAUUAUUAUGAAUUAUCUUAAUAAUGAAGAAAAGGAACGGAAAGAAGUUACAUUACAGUUUGAAAAGUACUAUUUAAAACAGAUAUAAAGAUACGAAGCGAAUUAAAACAUGGGCUGCUGUGUUUUAUCAGAUGUUUGAACCAAACGCUGAUCAAGUUAGGGUAAUUUGAGAAAUAUUCGUGGUAUAAGGUAAAAUUUACGUCGCUUUCACUUUUUUAGAAUGCUCCCUUGAAAACCCUAAGAGAAAGUCGGAAGAAAACCAACCGGCGAACAAAGGAGUGUGUCGUAUUUGCAAAAAGCGGAAAAAGUCGGCAGGAAUGAUUGUUUGCACGAAAUGUGACCAAUGGCUACAUUUCAGUUGCAGUGGCAUAAAGGCCAAAGAUGCAAAUAAACUUAAACGUACGUUUCUGUGUGAAGAAUGCAAACACUGACUUUUUGGUCAUAUUAUUAAGUCAAGGCAUUGAGCAAAACAAAUAAUCAAAUAUCUAGAAAUUUUGAUUAAAUUUUAUAAAUUCGAACUUCAUCAAGAUAAGUCUAAAUACAUUUUAUUUACAUAUA